AUGUCAACUUCUCCCGCUCACAGCAGCAUUUCUAGCUCAGCGGGCUCCGUUAGUGGCUUUCCAGAGGAGGACUUGAGGGAAGGCGGUCGCGACAAUCCUGGCUAUUUUGCUGCGAGAUUAGGGCAGCGAUUAGAACGAGGUCGCUAUUGCAUCGUACGCAAGCUCGGCUGGGGCCAAUACUCCAGUGUCUGGCUUGCAAGGGAUCGCGGCCAAGAUAGCUUUGUCGCGCUCAAGAUAUUGACCUGCGAAGCUACCAAAGCCUUGUCGGCCGGUCCUGACCAAAGGUCAGACGAACAGCGCAUGCUAGAGAAGAUCGCAAACGCCGACCACGCUCACCGAGGCUAUCGCCAUAACCUCGCCUACUUGAAUGCCUUCGACAUCAGGGGUACACAUGGACUUCACCGUUGUCUCGUUACAGAGGCCCUCGGAUAUGGCGUCGACUAUAUCCGCAAGCUGCGUGACGAUAACGAUCGUCGCGUUGCGCCCAGCAUAGUCAAGCGAGUGGUACGGCAAGUCUUGCUCGGCUUGGAGUAUCUGCAUGAUGUGUGCGGUAUAGUCCAUACAGAUCUCAAGAACGACAACAUCCUCUUCCGCCCGCGGGAUCUAUGCACCAUCGUCGCGCACGAACUCGCCGAGAACCCGUCAGUCACGUACGACUGUGGAACCGAGGGCAACGCCUCAGUCGUUCCAGUCGUCUCGCAAGUGUUGCCCUUGUCCGUCGAUGCCUCCAUUCAUGAACGGGACCUCGACGUCGUACUCGCCGACGUUGGCCACUCGCACUGGAUCGAGCACCAUUUUCAGGAGCUCAUCCAGCCCGACGCCCUCCGGGCACCCGAAGUUAUUCUCGGCCAUCCCUGGAGCACUCCUGCGGAUAUAUGGAGCGUGGGCUGCCUCGUCACCGAAUGGCUUGUCGGAUUCUGGCUCUUCGAACCCAAUCGCGAAAGAUUGUGGAGCUACGAGGAGGACCAUCUAGCUCGGAUGACUGAAGCUCUUGAUGCCCAGUUUGAAGCGUCUACACUGGAGAAUUGUAAGCAUCGAGACAAAUACUUCAAGCAGGAUGGAACAUUCGCGCAUUUUACGGAUCACGAGGAGCCUACGUGGCCUUUGCGCAAGCUGCUGGAGUCGUUUUCGGAGCUCGGUGACGAAGUCGAUGCGGCUGAAGCCUUCCUGAAGCGGUGUCUGCAACUUGCACCAGAGCGGAGGGCCACGGCGAAAGAGCUCGUUGACGACCCAUGGCUGGCUGCGCCUGCUGUCAGCAAGUAA